CCGCACCGCACCGCCUCCUCGCCCCCCCGUGCCCCCCAACCCCAGUCGCUCCCGGGCGCGGCGCCUCGCAUUUCUGCCGGAUUCCCCGCCGCUCUCGCCGCCGCGAUCCAGCGCCCAGCGUCAUGGAGCCGGCCGAAGGCAGCGAGCGCCGCCGCUCCGCAGGUCCAGCCGUCCCGCCGCCGCCCAGGGGCCCCCCGCCCAUGGCCGCCGCUCCCGGCCCGGGUCCGCUGUGCUCCCCUGCGCGGGAGCCGCCGCAGUCCAAGGAGGAGCGGCAGCUGCGGAUCAGCGAGAGCGGCCAGUUCAGCGACGGGCUGGAAGACCGAGGCUUACUAGAAAGCAGCACUCGACUGAAACCUCACGAAGCCCAGAACUACAGAAAGAAGGCGUUGUGGGUCUCCUGGUUCUCCAUAAUCGUGACACUUGCCCUGGCGGUGGCUGCCUUUACUGUCUCCGUUAUGAGGUACAGCGCCUCUGCUUUUGGGUUUGCAUUUGAUGCCAUCCUUGACGUCCUGUCAUCAGCGAUUGUCCUGUGGCGUUAUAGCAACGCAGCUGCUGUACAUUCUGCCCAUAGGGAAUACAUAGCCUGUGUCAUCUUGGGGGUGAUAUUUCUUCUGUCAUCCAUAUGUAUAGUAGUCAAAGCCAUCCAUGACCUCUCAACUAGGCUGCUCCCAGAAGUGGAUGAUUUCCUGUUCAGUGUCUCCAUUGUAAGUGGGAUCCUUUGCAGUAUCCUGGCUGUGUUGAAGUUUAUGUUGGGGAAGGUUCUGACCAGCAGAGCACUCAUCACAGAUGGCUUUAACUCGCUCGUGGGCGGUGUCAUGGGCUUCUCCAUUCUUCUGAGUGCCGAGGUGUUCAAGCAUAAUGCGUCUGUCUGGUACCUGGAUGGCAGCAUGGGCGUGCUGAUUGGUCUCACCAUAUUUGCCUAUGGGGUCAAACUCCUGUUUGACAUGGUGCCCAGGGUGAGGCAGACGCGCCACUACGAGAUGUUCGAGUGAGCUGCAGCAACAUGGAGGCUGUCAGGAAGGAUGACGAGAGGUUUCUGCACAGGCAGACAGUGCCAAGAUUUGACUGAACAUCCAAUUUCUUUCUUGGGAAGUUUGUGCUCCUGGGAAGGAGCUCUGCCCAGCAGGUGGGUCUGCACUGCUUCCCCUUACCCUCCACCCUUCACCCUCCACCGCACCCCUUCAGCUCAUGCAUGCAGGAGGGGAGGCCUGCUUCCCCAUCUCCCAGGCAGGAUGGUUGCUCUCAGUCUUCCAGAGCACAAGGGCUCUCCCUGGUAGGGUUAGAUCUCGGCUUGGCAGAAAGUCGUUCUGUGGUGCUCUGAGUCUGGAAUGGAUGGCCGCUGACCAGACCCACCUCCUGCAGCUCCGCCUCCUUGAACCAGUCAGUCUCUUCUCUCUUGGCAGAAUUUAAGGGAAGACUACACCCUCCCUCCACCCACUUAAGUCCCCAGAACCAUCAGUAUGUAUCACCUCCUAAUUUCUAUCAAUGUAUUUCAUUAGUUUCAUACUGUUUUACUAAUCUUAAAUCUAAACAGAUGUGUUGCAAAGGAGACCAUUCUAUUUUUAAAGUAUUUAGUGAUAUCUGUAGGAGCUUUGCAUGGAUGAACUAAGCACACGACCCUUUCUUGUACACUGAAAACCUGAAUAUUCAUGUGAAAACAGGAUCCAUUUUUGAGAGAUGUGAAACUAGUCUGUUUGUAUUAACUAUAUAUGCAUAGAUCUAUAUGCUGUGUUAAGUGGUAAUGACCCAUUACUGCCUGUUAGCGAUGGCUCACUCCUCCUCUGUAUGGAACAAGGCAUCUGCAGUUUUAAGUAUAACUUCCAUAAAGAUGUUCCCCCAACACACAACAUUCUGUACCUCUAGUGCUGCUGCUGGUCCUGCCAACAGUGUCUGAUCAAUAAAGACCUUUAUUUGUUUUGUAUGGCACAGUGAGAUGA